AUGUCGACGAACGCAAAACAGUCUGCCGGUAAGAACAUCAAGUAUCCAUGGUGGUACGGGGGUGCAGCGGGUAUCUUUGCUACCAUGGUGACGCAUCCUCUGGACUUGGCCAAAGUCAGACUGCAGGCGGCUCCCAUGCCCAAGCCCACACUUUUCAAGAUGUUGGAGAACAUCUUGGCGAAUGAAGGUGUGAUGGGGUUGUAUUCCGGUCUGAGCGCUGCUGUGUUGCGGCAAUGUACAUACACAACGGUGAGAUUUGGUGCUUACGACCUGUUGAAAGAGAAUGUAGUUCCACGCGACCAAUUGACUAAUAUGGCGUAUCUGUUACCUUGCUCUAUGUUCAGUGGUGCCAUCGGUGGUCUUGCAGGGAAUUUUGCAGAUGUUGUAAACAUUAGAAUGCAGAACGAUUCUGCUUUAGAAGCAGCUAAGAGAAGAAACUACAAAAACGCUCUCGAUGGUGUAUACAAGAUAUAUCGCUACGAGGGUGGAUUCAAGACCUUGUUUACUGGUUGGAAACCUAACAUGGUUAGGGGCAUACUGAUGACUGCAAGUCAGGUCGUUACAUAUGACGUGUUUAAGAACUACUUGGUCACAAAAUUAGACUUCGACGCAUCCAAGAACUAUACCCACUUGACCGCAUCGCUGUUGGCUGGGCUGGUGGCCACCACCGUUUGUUCUCCAGCAGACGUCAUGAAGACACGUAUCAUGAACGGCAGCGGAGACCAUCAACCGGCUUUGAAGAUCCUUGCCGACGCUGUCCGCAAAGAGGGUCCCUCUUUCAUGUUCCGUGGGUGGUUACCAAGUUUCACAAGACUGGGUCCAUUCACAAUGUUAAUUUUCUUUGCAAUCGAGCAAUUGAAAAAGCACAGAGUUGGCAUGCCAAAGGAGGACAAGUAG